AAAUUUUUACAGCUGCUGAUUGGCUGCGAAUGAGUUACUGAAUUUGCUCUGUGCCGACAUCUAGAAAUAAACAGAAACGUAACUUUCCGAUGUAAAACAAUUUGCCGGCGUCUGAAUAUUCGAGUCAAAUUUGCACUAAAAACGAAUAAUCCGAACGAAAGUUCCGAGGCGCUAAACUUAUUGGCUAAUUAUGGUUGGAGUUUCAAUUUGCUGUACCUAAAUGUCAAACUUAAAAAGUGUACAUUGACCCUUGAUUAUAUUAAAUCCGUAGACGUCCCUUUAGCGGAAGUUAGCCAUGUAUUUUCCCUCUUCCUAUAAACGUCAAAAAACAAUCAACAUGUAUGCAGUUUAAUGCCUUUGGCAUCUACCUGGCGGUCACAGACAAGGGUGCUUGUCAAUCCCGUUACUCCUUUCACAGCUCAUACUCUCUACACCUACUGCUAAUCUUCACUGUUUCUAUUUCAUGGCCACAGGGAGAUAAAUACAAAUUGGGUGUAAGAUUUAAGGGGGAGCAUUGUUGCCCAAUAUCGUCCAUUGCCGUUGUUGUAAGAGGUAACCAAUGGGUUUGAGGCAAAGUUGUGCAAAUGGUGAGGAUUUAAAUGCACACUUGCUGAAGGAUCCUGUUUCUUUGUCUGAAGAUGAAGAAUGUGGUAUUUCUGGGAAGAUUUUAUACAGGGCAACAUUUGAUGAGCUUGAAAACAAUUAUGUGAAUUAUGACACAGUUCUAUGGGUCCUCAUAUCUUUGCUGUUGAUAUUGGCAUGGGGAGUUGGAGUACUUAUGCUUAUUUACCUUCCCAUCAGAAGAUAUAUUUUACGACAGGACAUCCACUCACGUACUCUUUAUGUGACAUCUCAUGCACUAGUCUAUAAGGUUACGAGACCCGCAUUUCUACCUUGUUUAGGCUUCACUACGAUCGAAAAACAUGUACUUCUACCACUUGUCACAGAUGUGAUCAUUGAACAAGGGUGUUUACAGGCUAUUUAUGGAAUCCACACUAUCAGAGUUGAGAAUUUGGCCUGUGGAAAGGCCACACCUGUUGACGAAUUCCAGAUUCAAGGAGUUGUGAACCCUGGACUCUUUAGGAAGGUGAUCUUAGCCGAAGCUUCAAAGUUUGGGAAGGAACCUGAGAUUUGUGGCAAAACUGUGUCUUAUAUUCUUCAUGACCAGGAUAGUGCAAUUGCUGACUUCUCUCUGGAAAAUGGUCAAAACGUCCACAGAUCACAGUCAUCAAGCAUGACGGUUCCUUAUUCAGCUCAAAAUAUUCUGACGGGGGCUGGUUCAAUAGGCUCCAGUGAUACACUGUUGCUCCAUAAACUUGAUGAAGUUGAACGUUCAGUUAAGAGGAUUGAGGCCUUGGUUGAACAUUCACUAUCUUCUGAGGCAUUGCCACGGAUGAGUGCAUCAUUGGCCUGAUGUAUAGAUAUUUGUAAAAAGCUUAUUCUUUUUAUUUUUUACAUGCAAAAUCCUUGUUUUUUAUGGGAGACCUACUGGGAUUGAUUUAUGUCCUAUACGCUGCCUAUUAUGAUACGCAGAACUCAAGUCAUGGUUUUGUGCUUUUCCCAUUUUCCAAUGCUCUGUAAAUAUUUUAUUAUAAAUGUCACCCACUCUGUACAUGCAAAGCUUUCUUACGACACAUGGGAAAUUAAUUGCAUUCCCCAUUAGUAGUGUCAUGGAAUAAUUCAAAAUUCAUAAAAGAUAUUUACAGUUGUUAAGUUAAUAGAAAAAUAAUGUCCCAUAAAACAGGAUGUAGCGAGAAGUGCAUAUGGAAAAUUUAUGCAAAAAUUAGUUUUCAUAAUGCAACUUGUAAAUUGAGUACUUGGGCUUAACAGAAAUACUUAUUGACGUCUUGACUGAGCAUUGACACAGGGAAUCCUUGUGCCAGUAUACUAUAGAACUAUAGAAAAGAUUU